AUGGAAAAUAAAACAGAUUUUCAAUAUCCUCAUACAUUUGUUUUGCUUGGAGCAUCUGGAGAUUUAGCUAAAAAGAAAAUUUAUCCAACUCUUUGGUAUUUAUUUAGAGAUCAUUUAUUGCCAAAAAAUACAAAAUUUAUCGGAUAUGCAAGGACUAAGCAGACUGUAGCUGAAGUUAAAGAAAAGACGAUAAAGUACAUGAAAGUCCGGCCGGGUGAAGAAGAAACUCUUAAAGCUUUCUGGGACGCUAAUGACUAUGUUGCCGGUUCUUAUGAUAAAAGAAUUGAUUAUGAACUGCUCAACCAAGAAAUAAGUAAGCAUGAGAAAGGUCCUCUAGCCAAUAGAAUAUUCUAUCUGGCUGUACCUCCAACUGUGUUUGAAGAUGUUACGAUCAAUAUACGUAAUGCGUGCAUAGCAUUAAAAGGUUACUCUCGUGUUAUCAUCGAAAAGCCUUUUGGAAGGGACGAUGAAAGUUCGGAAAAAUUAAGUGAUCAUUUGGCCAGAUUAUUCAAAGAAGAACAGAUAUACAGAAUUGAUCAUUAUCUCGGUAAGGAAAUGGUUCAAAACUUAAUGACUAUUCGUUUUGCCAACCAAAUAUUUAGUCCAUCUUGGAACAGAGAAAACAUUGCAUCGGUUCUUAUAUCAUUCAAAGAACCAUUCGGUACAGAAGGCCGUGGGGGUUACUUUGAUUCUUUUGGUAUUUUAAGAGAUGUAAUGCAAAAUCACCUAUUGCAAAUUUUAUCUCUUGUUGCUAUGGAGAAACCUGUAACAUUAAAUCCCAAUGAUAUAAGAGAUGAAAAGGUGAAAGUACUCAGGCACAUAAAGCCAAUAGAGUUAAAAGAUAUUCUAGUUGGGCAAUAUGUGGGCAAUCCCGACGGAAAAGGGGAAGAGACCCAGGGUUACCUUGAUGAUCCCACUGUUCCCAAAGACUCUGUGACACCCACAUAUGCCUUGGCUGCCGUUUAUAUUAACAACUCGAGAUGGGAAGGUGUUCCAUUUAUACUCCGAUGUGGUAAAGCUUUGAAUGAAAGGAAAGCAGAGGUAAGAAUACAGUACAAAGAUGUUCCUGGGGACAUAUUUGAAGGAGAAACCAAAAGAAAUGAGCUUGUGAUCAGGGUUCAGCCGGGUGAGGCGUUAUACUUAAAAUUAAUGUGUAAGUCGCCCGGUAUGAAAUUUGACUUGAUGGAAACAGAAUUGGAUUUGACCUAUAGCCUGCGUUAUAAAGAAACAGAUGUUCCUGAUGCUUAUGAAAGGCUAAUCCUUGAUGUCUUCACUGGGACACAGAUGCACUUUGUAAGGAAUGAUGAACUGAAGGAGGCAUGGCGUAUUUUCACCCCGGUUCUGAAGCAACUUGAAAAUGAAAGAUUUAAACCUGUUCCAUAUGUUUAUGGAUCCCGAGGGCCCCCUGAAGCUGAUGAGAGAUUGGCUCAGUACGACUUCAAAUACUCAGGUUCAUAUAAAUGGCAGAAACCUACAUUGGGUUGA